GUACGAAAAUUACAUCAUUGUUUGUGCUGAUGGCAGAAUUCUCCUGUCCAGAUGACCAAAACCAUUGUCCAUAUUAGUUCGGUUGGGUCUUCAUGGUGCACUGUCUCUGUGUCUCAAAAUAUCUACCAGUCAAGAUGAGGGAAAUCGUGCAUAUCCAAGCCGGCCAGUGCGGUAACCAGAUUGGCGCCAAGUUCUGGGAGGUGAUCAGCGAUGAGCACGGGAUCGACCCCACAGGCACCUACCAUGGAGAUGGCGACCUGCAGUUGGACAGAAUCAGUGUGUACUACAACGAGGCAACAGGUGGUAAAUAUGUACCCAGGGCCGUCCUCGUGGACCUUGAGCCUGGCACCAUGGACUCUGUGAGGUCUGGACCCUUUGGACAGAUCUUCAGGCCAGACAACUUUGUGUUUGGCCAGAGCGGUGCUGGUAACAACUGGGCAAAGGGCCACUACACAGAGGGAGCAGAGCUGGUGGACUCUGUCCUGGAUGUAGUGAGGAAGGAGGCAGAAAACUGUGACUGCCUGCAGGGAUUCCAGCUCACCCACUCCCUGGGUGGAGGCACGGGGUCGGGUAUGGGCACCCUGCUCAUCAGCAAGAUCAGAGAGGAGUACCCUGACCGCAUCAUGAACACCUUCAGCGUGGUGCCCUCACCAAAGGUAUCAGACACAGUGGUGGAGCCAUACAACGCCACCCUCUCAGUUCACCAGCUUGUGGAGAACACAGACGAGACGUUCUGCAUUGACAACGAGGCCCUUUAUGACAUCUGCUUCCGCACGCUCAAACUGACUACGCCAACCUACGGUGACCUCAACCACCUGGUGUCAGCUACCAUGAGCGGCGUCACCACCUGCCUGCGCUUCCCUGGCCAGCUCAACGCUGACCUCCGCAAAUUGGCCGUCAACAUGGUGCCCUUCCCCCGUCUGCACUUCUUCAUGCCCGGCUUCGCCCCCCUCACCAGCAGGGGCAGCCAGCAGUACCGUGCCCUCACCGUGCCAGAGCUUACCCAACAGGUGUUUGACGCAAAAAACAUGAUGGCCGCCUGCGACCCUCGUCACGGCCGCUACCUUACUGUGGCCGCAGUGUUCCGGGGCCAAAUGUCCAUGAAGGAGGUGGACGAGCAGAUGCUUAAUAUCCAGAACAAGAACAGCAGCUACUUCGUGGAAUGGAUCCCCAACAACGUGAAGACCGCUGUCUGCGACAUCCCACCCCGCGGCCUCAAGAUGUCUGUCACCUUCAUCGGCAACAGCACAGCCAUCCAGGAGUUGUUCAAGCGUAUCUCUGAGCAGUUCACCGCCAUGUUCCGCCGCAAGGCCUUCUUGCACUGGUAUACUGGAGAGGGCAUGGACGAGAUGGAGUUCACUGAGGCAGAGAGCAACAUGAACGACCUGGUGUCUGAGUACCAGCAGUACCAGGACGCCACCGCUGAGGAAGAGGGAGAGUUCGAGGAGGAGGCUGAAGACGAUGACGCUUAAAGACAGAGCUUUGAAAAUGAAGAUUGUAUUCGAAGGGCCAAAUGAAGCUGUGAAACCACAUAGGAAAAAAACAACCUCAAAGUAACUUAGAAGCAAGAAAAAGUUAAAGGGGUCCUAAAACCAAUGUUGAGCUUUUUUUUUAUCUAAUGGAAAAUAUUAUAGUAAUCUAGAUACACCCCUUGUGACUGCAAAUAAAUGAACGAAUGUUCA